GGAGUCGAAUUUUGUAACAAUUUAUGAACGUAUAGGCAAUUGAAAAAUGAUAACAUUUAACUAAACGCCAACAACUAUAUUAGUGUAACAGUAAUAGUUAACUAGCUUGCCAGCAGACAAUGCAACAUUAGCUCGCUCGUAAAUUAUGGUUAGCUAGCUAGCUAGUUAAUACAUUAACUGUAGAUAACACUUUGUUUGUUAUUCUCUAACCUAACGUUAGCUGAAGCCAUGUUUACUGCAUGUGGAACACUGUGUUAAUAACAACUAACGGCCUUGAUGGAUUCAGUACGUUAAGUGUUAAUAAAUAAACAGGAGGAAACGCUGUGGCACCAUGGGCGUAUUAUCCACGUUGAUAAGGGGUCUGGUCAGAGGAGCGGACAGAAUGUCUGAGUUCACCAGCAAGCGUGGAUCAAAGACUCAUAAUAAAGGCAGGGGCGCAAGACCCACUGGUCUGAGGCUCUCCAGCAGAAAAUUUCUGUCCAUACGGACCAUGAUUCCUGAGUUUGUGGUGCCUAACUUGGAGGGAUUCAAACUUAAACCCUACGUCUCAUAUUGCUCUCCUCGAGGAAUAGAGCCUCCACUCACAGCACAAAGUGUGUUUGCUGAAGUUGUGUCCCCGCAGAUCAAGAAAGACUUUGAAGAGGGCACUUUCAGCAAAGAACGACUAGAGAAAUAUGGAUUUGAGCCCAAGCAGGAGGGGAAGCUCUUCAAGCUGUAUCCCAAAAACUAUGUGCGUUAAAGAUGCAUUCACAUUGUAUUUACAAAGAAAAGGAGCAGACUGCUGAUUACACUGAAAGCUGCUGACUAACUGACGUGACCCUUUCAGGAAAAAUCAUCACACAGACUGAAAAUUAUGUGUAAAAUAAAAUAUUUCCUACAAGUUGUCUUUUUGGUUAAUUGAUCAAAUGAAAAAAUAAAAAACUUAUGGAGCUG